CAAGCCUCCACUGAGGGGACUUCAGGGGAAGAAGAAGAAGACGUUUCCUAACUGCUCACAAUUAGCCAGCACAAGCAAGAGAUUUAAUGGAGCGACAAAGCAACUUGCAUUCACAAGAUGAUGCAGAACCAUCAGUCCUUGUUGGUCGGGCGUUGGUGAAGCUCCAGUACGCUCUAUUCAUUGCGAUGUCACGGGCCCGGCAGAGACUCGUACAGCUCUCAAUUGUGUUCUCAUUUGUCUUCCUCCUCCUGUGGAUCGCUGCAUUUCUGUACGGGACUUUCUACUACUCUUACAUGCCCAAGGCGACUUUUUCUGCACCUGUGAACUACUACUACAGGACAGACUGUGAAUCUCCAGCUUCGUUUUUGUGCUCUUACCCUAUGGCCAACAUCUCUCUGAUCAGAAAUAAAAAACAUGUGCUGACAUUCGGCCAGCCCUAUCGGAUGUCUUUGCAGCUGGAGAUGCCGGAUUCCCCAGCCAAUCGGGAGCUGGGGAUGUUUAUGAUUAAAACAACCUGUUUCUCUCAGGAUGGAGAGCAAGUGGCCUCCUCUGCUCGCUCUGGAAAACAACAGCUGUCUGCCUCCAGCUCUCGCUUUAGCAUACUGCGAUACCGCUCAGACCUGCUGAGGACGCUGGGAACGCUGCUGUUCCUCCCGGCCUUUUUGACUGGAGCAGCCGAGCAGAAACAAGUGCUGGAGGUGGAGCUCUUCUCAGACUUCACAGACAACCCAUAUGCUCCCUCAGUCACGGCUGUCAUCGAGAUCAUGUCCAGCAAGGUGCAGAUAUAUUCAUCUGACCUCUACAUUCAUGCUCAUUUCACUGGCAUAAGAUACUUGCUGUACUACUUCCCCACCAUAUCAGCCAUUGUGGGCGUCUCCAGCAACUUCAUCUUCCUCAGUUUCAUCUUCAUCUUCAGCUACAUGAGGCUGCUGUUUCAAGUGAAACCACAGCGGUUCAGAAUGAAUGGGACAGAGGAGAACAACCAGCAAGGGGAGGAAAGAGCUGUCCCUGCAGGCACUGCAGAAAUGCUGGGUCCCUUCCAUCAAAACCCCACAGACGUGAGACAGGAGGAGCCACAUUUUCACGUUGGAAAUGGCACAGAGCAGCAAAACAGAGAUACAAUUGGUCAGGGAGAAAUCAACGAAACAGAAGCAGCCUGAGGCGACUGAUAAAGGAGGAGGAGAAUGUGUGGAGAACAAUCACAAUAAUGUGAUGUAAAGAUGAAUAUUUAAGGCCAAUAUCUGGUUGAAAAUGAUGAAGAGAAUCAAUUUUACAUAAAAGCCACAAAGAAACCCUGUCAUUAU